UGUGUGUAAAGUAAAAUGGCGGACUUGGCAAACGAAGACAAGCCUGCCAUAGCGCCCCCUGUGUUUGUUUUCCAAAAAGACAAAUCUCAGAAGCGAUCUGCAGAGGGCUCAAGUGCAGAGGAAAGAGAAGACUCCGAUAAAGAAGAGACCAGCUAUUUCCCUCCAGUUAAACGGGAGAGGACUUCAUCAUUCCCACCUUUACAUUCUGUUCCCAAGAACAAUGUAUUCAUGCCCCCGAGUUUCUGCCAGUCUCCCACUGGGAACUCUGACUCUGAGCCAGAGGAGAAGCCUGUUGGGUUCCGCCUAAAGCCGCCGACUCUCAUACAUGGACAGGCGCCCAGUUCAGGCAUCCCGAGUCAGAAGCCAAAGGAGCAGCAACGCAGUGUUCUCCGCCCCGCGGUUCUUCAAGCGCCACCCUCAAAAUCACACAUAGAGUCCAACUCUACUUGUGGAACCAACGGCGUGAAGAAGUCAUCGGACGGCCCUGCAGCCACCCAGUCCCUCUUCCUGAACAACACAGAGCACUCUGCCACCCCGACCAAGUUACAGAAACAUGAAAACGAGGAAGACGAUGCAACCUGUAACAAAGAUGAAGGAGAAAGUGAGAAGAAGGAGGCAGAUGUAGCAAACUCUUUUGUGUUUGGUCAGAAUAUCAAAGACAGAGCAAAGUUGGACCAGAACAGUACAGAAGAGAAGACAAAUGCUUCAUUGGACUCAGAGGGCACUAAUUAUUUCCUACAGUACAUCUCCACCCCAAGUUCAAACAAUGCCACAAACAGUACAGACAGUGGGGCAAAAUUUGUUUUUGGGCAGAACAUGUCUGAACGCGUUUUGAGUCCUCCCAAGGGCGAGACCUCCAGCGAAGACAGUAAAGACGUUCAGGCUCACCCUGCUUCAGAAACCCCUUCGCAAGAGAACGCCCCAGAGAAGGUGAAUAGCGUGUCAGAGUCUUUGGAGGAGUCUGCAGCAGCCUACACCAAAGCCACAGCCAAGAAGUGCAUCUUAGAGAGAGUGGAAGUGAAAACUGGAGAAGAAUCAGAAAGCAACGUUUUACAGAUGCAAUGCAAGUUAUACGUCUUUGAGAAAACGGCUCAGUCGUGGAUAGAGAGGGGUCGGGGUCUACUGAGGCUCAACGACAUGGCAUCGACGGAAGACGGCACGCUACAGUCGCGUCUCGUGAUGAGGACCCAGGGCAGCCUCCGGUUGAUCCUCAACACUAAGCUAUGGCCCCAGAUGCAGGUGGACAAGGCCAGUGACAACAGCGUACGCAUCACUGCCAUGGACACAGAGGACCAGGGCGUCAAGGUCUUCCUAAUAGUGGGUAGCUCAAAGGACAUUGGUCAGCUGGCGGCGGCGUUGCAUCACCGGAUCUUGGCCCUCAAGAGCCGGGCAGAUCAGGAGACGGAAACACCCACUACAACCAUCCCCGAAGCCGAGGUGCCGCAGUCGAAUGAGGACGACAGCGACGAGGACAAUGCCUCUGCUUCGGCCUCCGUCUCCACUCCUGCAACUGUUUCGGAAGGAGGAGACACCCAGGCCGCAGGAAGCACAUAGCGUCACCCUGUGGGACAGCCUGCAACAGAUGGUGCUUUGAAGGCAUUUUUUUUGCUGCAGGCAUCUCCACGGACACCCUUUGACCAACGUGGUCCUCCAGACCAGUACUUUUGGAUAUUAGAAGUCUAGCUCCAGGAAAUAACAUCCCCUCCUUCCGAACCCCCCCCACUCCACAAAGCGCCGGAGUGUCGUCACCCCCUCCCAACCUGUGCAGUUCAUUCUUCCUGCAAUCCGUGUUGUCGAUGGAGUCAUUUCCUCCAGUCCUCCUCCUCUUCCUUUUUUUUUUUUUUUUGCUUUUUCUCCUCUUGGUUUUCCCACUCUCCCAAAUAGCAAAAAUAAAGACUUCAAAGCUUUGGUUUGGGACUUUUCUGCUCAUCAUAUUGAUGAGCGUAAGGGUGUUUUCCUCUACAUUUUAAAGUAAGGCACAUGUUAAGACUGCAGUUUCUACUUUGGGACCUUUCUACUCCCUGUACAGCCGCUCCUCUGGACGCCCAACAUCCGGAAAGGGGCUUCAUCACGCCGGUGUAUUUGACCAGUCAUCAACUUCAGCUGCUCGGCAGCAACUCCCACCCCUAAGUCCCCACUCCCCAUGCCCCAAACACCCCAACCCUGUCGGUGCGUUAGGUUUGGCAACUGUAAUUUAUUAUUUUGGCCACCAGGAGGCACCUCAACGCAUUUGUGCUAUUUGUAAUGACUAGAAGAGACCACUCGACUUGUCAUCAAUAGCAGUUUCUCUGAUUUCCUAUUGAUCUAUAUUCUAGUGAAUAAAGGACUGAAACAAUGCACAUUCUGUUAAUGUGAGUCAAUGUGACAAAUUCUCAAGACUUCUCCAGAUGACCCAUACAGUUAUUUUUUUGUACUUUUCAUUUGAUCAAUUCAGCUGUCAAGUCUUCAUCUUGCAUGUAAACAUUUUUUUUCUUUGAACAUCCCAGGUCUUUCUAGUGUUUUUUGUUCUGUUUGAAAAGAUUUUUAUUUACAUUGGAAAAUGUGUUGCAUUGGAGUGAUAACUGUUAAUAUGUUUUUGACCCACAUGUACAUUUUUGAAUAUAUCAUUUAGUGGUGCACCGUCACCCCGCCCUCCACCUCCAGCUGUCCCCUGCUCCUUCCCCCCCGCCCCCACAGCCCCUUUACGAAAUAAACCUCUGCCAUAAAUGCUGCUUUCAC